AUGAUUAUGGAUUUUCUGAGCGAGAAGUUUGCCCUGAAGAGCCAGCCGAGCAAGAACAGUGACUUUUACAUGGGAGCAGGAGGCACUUUGGAGCACGUUAUGGAAACUUUGGACAAUGAAUCCUUUUAUAGCAAAACAUCAGGCAGCAAAUGCGUGCAGGCCUUCAACCCUCUGCAGAGGGCUGAGCAUCAUGUGAGGUUGGAGAGGACGUCACCCUGCCAGGACAGCAACGUGAACUAUGGGAUUACUAAAGUGGAAGGACAGCCUCUUCACGCAGAGCUGAGCAGGCCCAUGGACAAUUGCAACAAUCUCAGGAUGUCUCCAGUGAAAGGGAUGCAGGAGAAGGGGGAACUGGAUGAACUCGGUGAUAAGUGUGACAGUAAUGUCUCCAGCAGUAAGAAGAGGAGGCACAGAACAACUUUCACCAGUUUGCAGCUGGAGGAACUGGAGAAAGUAUUUCAGAAAACUCACUACCCUGAUGUCUAUGUAAGGGAACAGCUAGCUCUGAGAACAGAGCUCACUGAGGCCAGAGUCCAGGUUUGGUUCCAGAAUCGAAGAGCAAAAUGGAGGAAAAGAGAACGCUAUGGCCAGAUUCAGCAAGCUAAGAGCCAUUUUGCAGCCACCUAUGAUAUAUCUGUUCUUCCAAGGACUGACAGCUACCCUCAGAUUCAGAACAAUCUGUGGGCAGGGAAUGCGGCUAGCGGUUCUGUGGUUACCUCCUGCAUGCUGCCACGAGAUACGUCGUCCUGCAUGACGCCUUAUUCCCACUCACCCCGGACAGAUUCUGGCUACACGGGAUUUUCAAACCACCAGAAUCAAUUCAGCCACAUGCCCCUCAAUAAUUUUUUCACUGACUCUUUACUUUCUGGGGCAACCAAUGGACAUGCUUUUGAAACCAAGCCAGAGUUUGAAAGGAGGUCCUCCAGCAUUGCAGUUCUACGGAUGAAAGCCAAAGAGCAUGCUGCUAAUAUUUCCUGGGCCAUGUAA